GCUUUAAUUACUGUGCGUUUUGAGCUAGGAGGCAUUAAAGUACACCCGUUAUUGUAGAACGGCAUACGAGGCUCUAAGUUAUUGCAUUGGUGGAUUUUUCUUUCUUUUCCUUCUUUCUUUUUUUUUAAACCCCCCUCCGAGCAUUAGCAUUAUACCUAGGCAGGCUCUAAUCGUGGGCGCCUCGGGUCACUAGGAUACAUCGACACCUAUCCACAUGAAUAUGAUGGCUUCGCACGAGACUGCCAUUGAUGAUUCGGAGAUUGAGCCUCUUUAUCUCCUCUCCGAAGAUCAAAAUACUCAUUGUCGACGUCAAACGGGCCAGAGGAAGAAAAAAGGACGUUUGCGAUUCGCCUACGCAUCUCUGGUGGCAGCGUACCUCGUCGUCGUGAUUCUUUACGUUAUCCUCUGGGUUAGACUUACGAAAUUGGAGUCUGUAGCAAUAGAACCUAAGCUCUUUCCGUCCCUUGCACGUUCCUCGGCAUUUCGACAACAUAAUCGUGUUUUCCCCUUGACGGUGGUCGGUACUCCAUUUGCGGGCGAUCCGAGCACAGAACUUGAUCAGGCUUGGCAUGCUCUUCUAGAAGGUACCACGAUCCGGGUCUCAAAAGAGGAUCUUGACUAUUACAACGUCACAUCUUUACCCCUGGCGGACGGAUCUGGGUUUGCGUCCGAGCUCUUCGUAACUCAUGAACUACACUGUCUGAAGAAAAUCCGGCAAUGGAUCUACAAAGAGACAUACUUCACAGACGUAAAGGAGCCCGCCCGCGGUGAGCUGAAGAGACACAUAGAUCACUGCAUCGAAACUGUAAGGCAGGGAAUCAUGUGUAGAGGCGACGUCUCCCUCGGGACUUAUACGUACCUCACAGGCGGCAGUGAUGUGACCGCUCGAAGCUGGGGUUCCCAUCAAUGCGUUGACUUCGAAGCCCUGAUCGCUUGGACACGAGAACGCUCCCUCGACAUCUUCAAAGCAGGAGUCUUGGCAAAGCCAGAGGACAUUGGACGGGAGCAUUUCACAGAGAGAAAACCACCCACAUAGAUAUAAGAGAGCCAUUUAAUAUAACGAAAGCCACGAAACUGCCGCAGUGUACUGUACACGGGCUCACGACAUUGUAUGAUAUAGGUAUAACCGGGGG